AUGUUCCUGGGGGCCCCCCGGCCUGUCCUGCACCCGACCAACGCCCAUUACCUCGCCUGGGCCCCGGUGGCGUUCUCGGGGUUCCCAGUGCCGUUCUCGGGGAUCUCGGUGGCGUUCUCGGGGUUCGCGGUGGCGUUCCGGGGGUUUGCGGUGGCAUUCUCGGGGUUCGCGGUGUCGCGCAGCAGCCCUUCCCCGGGAGCCCGGUUCCCCGGCACAGACCCAGGCGGGGGCUCCAGUCCCGUCCAGAGCCCCGCGGGCUGCCUCCCCCGGAACGUGCUCAGCGAGCGGGAGCGCAGGAAGCGGAUCUCCCUGAGCUGUGAGCGCCUGCGGGCCCUCCUGCCCCGGUUCGACGGCCGCCGCGAGGACAUGGCCUCCGUCCUGGAGAUGUCUGUCCAGUUCCUCCGGAUGGCCGGCACCGUGCUGCCCAGCGGGGAGCAGCAGGCUGUUCUCGGCCCCUCCCAGGAGGAUUGGCACAAGUGGCAGCUGGCCCUGGGGAGCCAGACCCCCGCAGAUGCAUCCGACCCCGGGACCGGAGCACCAGGCACCAUCCCGCAGGGGCCCCCGAGCAGGGUGACCACCGGUGUGGACCAGGGCAAGGCCCCCACGGGGCUGGCCGAGGCGCUGGACAGGCCAGCAGUCCUCCCUGGGACCUCCGUUCUGGCACCCUGGACCCCAGGCCCGAGUCCCUCCCAGGUCCUGAGGCCGCCCCCAGCCUGGCCUCCCUGCUCCUGGCAGCCGACCUCCCCGCUGAGCGAAGAGGCUCAGAGCUGCCUGGGCCUGGCUGGGCCCCUGACAGAGGAGACUACCCAGACUGCGAUGCCGGGCACCAGGUCCGUGCCCGCGUGUGGAGUGGAGGACGGGCCGUCCUUGCUGCUGAGUGCCAGUCCCGAGUGGUGGCUGGGGCCCCCCGAGGGCAGAGACAGUAGUGCCCCCUCUGAGGCCCCGGCCGGGAGCCCCCUGGACAGGACGGAGCCGGGCUUCCUGGCGGACCCUGAGCCCAGUGCCCAGGAGACCCCGGACGGCCCCCUGGAGCCAUGGGGCUGGGAUGUGGGCUGCCCCAGCCUGACCUUCUGGGACGAGGUGGACAGCAUCUUCCCCGACUUCUUUUCCUGCUAG